GACAAAUUGAAAUUUAAUCAAAAUAAAUAAAUUUUGAUCAAAAUAAAAUUAAAUCAUAUAUUGUUUCAAAUUAAAAAUAAAAAUUGGUGACAACAAUGGUGCUAAAUGUAGACUUACAGCGUUCAGAAUGCUACAAGAAGGUCAAGAAACUUCUCUGCAAAUUUCCUGAAAUACGAGAUCAGAAGUAUGAUGAGAAGGCAAACAAAGUGACAAUUAAGGUGGUGAGCUGCUCGCCGGAGAAGAUCAGGGAAAAGUUAUGCUGCAAGGGUUGUGGAUGCAUCAAGAGCAUUGAGAUCAUUCCGGAUAAGCCUCCGCCUCCGCCUCCGCCUCCGCCUAAGGAAGUGAAAGUAUCUGUAGAUCUGAAAGGCCAGGUGUUUUGUUAUUGUAAAUGCUGUAGCGGAAGGCCUUGGGGCCCAUGUUACUGUGGCGGGCAAGUCCAAUGCGUUCCGUGUCAUGGGAAACCCGUUUGCGACAGCUGGUGCGGGUAUGGAAGCGGUUGUGGAGAAACUCAACGAGACUGCCCAAUCAUGUAAAUAUUAAAAACAAGAAUCUGUUUUGAAUCCGGCCAAGUUAAAUUCAAUAAUAAGUAACUAUUAUUUUAUAAAUUAGAUUUAUAAUU